CAUGCGUACCCAAGUCACAAGACAACAUGGCCGCCAUGGCGGAAUUGCAGUAGGCUUUAGAAGUACAACAUGGAUUCAGGUCACUGAACGGCGCUUAACACCCCUAAAAACUCAACAGACGCCACGAGCAUAAUCAAUACAAGAUGGCUAACGUGUGGGGUAACGAGGAUUUGGCGUGCUACUUCACUACGAAGCAUUCUUGGAGGGGAAAAUACAAACGUAUAUUUUCUGUGGGAACUAAAGCUAUAACUACKUACAACCCAUCCAAUCUUGAAGUCACGAAUCAGUGGGCGUAUUCCGAGUUUGUUAGUGUGUCUCCAAGUGCGAAAGCUAAUAAUGAGCUGAUUAUCACUAUGAAAAAAGGCACUGCUGGAAAGAAGAAGCACAGCAUGACUUUCUCAACAGAACAUAGAGCAGAUCUAAUCACUGAAACUCUGAGGUUUCGUCAAAGCUUUGCUGAUUAUAAAUCAAGUGAUGUGAAAUUCAAUGCCUACAAGUAUCACUGGAGUGACAAUAGAGUACCUGUCGUCCUUGUGGUUACUGCAUGUUCUUUGGAUCAGAUUGAUGCUAGAACACAGAAGAAACUAUGCUCCUAUGAUUACAAAGAAAUGGAAGGCAUAGCACUGGUGUCAGAUUACCCAGGAGGCUUUGUAAUACUUUAUGGAGGCUUCAGUAGACUGCACAUGUUUGYGACAGAUCAGAGAGAUGAGCUCAUUAGAAAGAUGGGAGAAUAUGGAAUGGCAUAUUUAGGAAUUGUUAUAAAACAAAGACCAAAGCCAAUAAAAUUUGAUCAGUUUCACAAACACAGAUUUGGAAAAUACAGUGAAGAUGAACAUGUAACGUCUUUAGCAGAAUUCAAAGUUCACAAAAUUACAUGCAGAAAUCCUGAUCCUGUGGCCAGAACACUGUGUCUCUCAGAGUCCUGCAUCAUUGAGCGCGACCCUGCCACAUAUUGUAUUGUUAGCUGUCAACCUUUAUGUGAUGUCUUCACAAUGAUUAGAUAUGUAGAAAACCCACAACUUCUUGCUAUAGAAAAUGUUAAGGGAGCAGUUAAGACAUAUACAUCAGUAGAUAGGGAUUCUUUAUUAGCAAGUUUGUUGGAUGGUGUUCGAGCUAGUGGUAAUAGAGAUGUCUGUGUUAAGAUGACACCUACAAAAAGGGGCUUCAGACUGGGACCUUACAUCUCUCAUUUAGAUGAGGAAGUAGAGAGUACUCAUCUAAGAUUUUUAGCAGUACCACCAGGCAAGUUCUCUGAAGCAGUGGACAGGUUUAACUGUAACAUUCCUUACAAUGGGCUUCUCCAUGCUGUCUCUCAAGAUGGCUUUUUUGCAGAAAACAAGGAGAGGCUGAUUACUGGUGCUAUAACAGCUCUAAUUGAAAAAGAAGGGGACCAAAGCACAGUAACAUUAGAAGAACUUGAAGGACAGUUUCAUGCUCUGAGGAGAUUAGUCGCAUCAAAAGCUGGCUUUGAUUGCUUCACUACUCUUCCCAAAUUCAGAGACAAACUUGGUGUGAAAGUUAUCAAAGCYCUAAAGAGGAAUGAUGAUGGAGUCAACCAUGCUGCCAUUGACAUGAUGUGUGCUUUGAUGCAGCCAAUGCAUGAUAAUUACGACCUGAGGCAGGAACAGCUAAACAAGUCAUCACUGCUGUCUUCAAGAAAAUUCCUUGCAACAAUCUUAGAAAUAUUUAGUACACAUGUUAAUCGAAGCACUGGUGCCCUUGUUAUCACUGCCUUGCUUGACUUUUUAACCUUUGCCCUUUGUCCACCUUACAGUGAAACCACUGAAGGCAAUCAGUUUGAUACACUGCUAGAGAUGGUAGCAGAAUUAGGUAGAACCAUAUUCAAGUUGUUCCAGCACCCAUCAAUGGCUAUUGUCAAAGGUGCUGGUAUGGUCAUGAAGGCAGUUAUAGAGGAGGGGGAUGCAGAAAUUGCAGCUAAGAUGCAGGAUCUAGCCUUGGCAGAAGGUGCUCUACCUCGUCAUCUGCACACUGCUAUGUUCACUCAGAGUACUGAUAGUAGACUUCUUACAAAUAGACAGCUGAGUCGGCAUCUUGUUGGUCUUUGGGUAACAGGACAUCCUACUGCCAUGGGUCUCUUAAAAAGGAUUCUACCCCUUGGACUUUUGAAUUGUUUGGACAGUGAUGAAAAGGUUCCUGAAAAAGAGAUUGACAAGCUUCAUGUGAGAGACAAUGUCAAAGCAGCAGAGGACUCUUCCAAGAGCAAGAAGAACAUUUACUUGGUUCAACUUGAUGCUGUUAUGACUCACUGGAGAACUAAGGUUGGACUAAAGUCGAAAGAGAAUAACAUGAAACCAGUGAUAUUGAGGAAAAGAAGGCAAAGGGUCAAGAGUGAUGCCAACUGGGAGUUGUUUUACUUCAAAUUUAACAAUGACCAUUCUACUCCAAACCUCAUUUGGAAUUAUAAGACAAGAGAAGAACUGCGUGAAGCAUUAGAAUCAGAAAUGAGAGCAUUUGGAAUGGACAAGGAUCUUGGUGGUCAGUACACUGUGUCAUGGAAUCAUCAAGAGUUUGAAGUCCGUUACGAGUGCCUGAGUGAUGAGAUCAAGAUUGGUGAUUAUUACCUGAGGCUACUGCUUGAAGAUGAGGAGGACAAUGUUGAUAUAACCAAUUCAUUGGAGUUCUUUAAUGAUUUAUACCAUCGCUUUUUGUUGACCACGAAACCAAACAUGAAAGCCAUGUGUUUACAGGCCAUGACUAAAGUAUACAGCAAAUGUUACGAGGAAAUCGGUGCUUUUAAUGACACUCGUUACAUCAUUGGCAUGUUGGAAAAGGCCAGUGAUAAGCUAGAGAGAGAUCGUCUUCUCUUGUUCAUCAACGCUCUCAUCAAGAACAAGCGUAACGUAAAAGAGAUACUAGAUGUGAAUGGCGUGCGUACACUKGUAGAUCUCAUUACCUUGGCUCAUCUACACACAACAAGAGCUAAAGUACCAAUGCAGACAACCAUGAUUGAGGCAUCACCAGACUCAGCAUUUGACAGUGAAAAGGAAUGGUACUAUGGCAACAAAGAGAAGGAAAGACUAGGGCCUUUUGGCUUCCCUGAAAUGAAACAAAUGUGGGAAGAAGGGAUUCUUCGUCCAGAGACCAAGUGCUGGGCACAAGGGAUGGAUGGCUGGAGACCUCUUGCAACGAUACCUCAACUGAAAUGGUACCUGAUAGCCACAGGGAGCCCAAUCCUUAAUGAGACAGACAUGUGUGUGCUGGUUCUCAAUAUGCUUAUCAAGAUGUCUGAGUUUUAUCCUAACAGGGAUUCAGAUGGAGCUAUUGUACGCCCUCUUCCACGUGUAAAGAGAAUGCUCUCCGAAGCUUCUUGUCUGCCACAUGUCGUUCAGCUGUUGCUGACUUUUGAUCCAGUCAUUGUCGAGAAGGUGUCUGUUCUUCUGGUUGAAGUCAUGGUGGAUAAUCCCAUCAUGCCUCGUUUGUACCUGACUGGUGUGUUUUUCUUCAUCAUGAUGUACACUGGAUCCAACGUGAUUCCUAUAGGCAGGUUCCUACAAGAGACUCACAUUAAGCAAGCAUUUAGAACAGACGAGUCUGAAAAACCAGAACUAGUCCAACGUAGUGUCCUCGGUAAUAUCUUACCAGAAGCAAUGGUCUGCUAUCUUGAAAAUUAUGGACCCGAUAAGUUUGCUGAGAUAUUCCUGGGUGAAUUUGAUUCACCUGAAGCCAUCUGGAAUUCAGAAAUGAGACGUUUAAUGAUUGAAAAGAUUGCCACCCAUCUUGCAGACUACACCCCACGUCUGCGUAGCAAUACACGAGCGUUAUACCAGUACUGCCCAAUUCCCGCCAUUUCCUAUCCACAACUGGAGAACGAGCUCUUCUGUAACAUCUAUUAUUUACGUCAUUUAUGCGACACUCAGAAGUUCCCAGACUGGCCAAUCAAGGAUCCU